AUGGAGAGCUGGCACUGUUUGCUGCUGCUGUGCACACUAUGUUUACUGCUGGCCUCUGUACAGGAGACAAAAAAUGAUGACGACAUCGACCUUGUCAGCUUUCUUAGAGGUAUCUACCCUGGGCUGCUAGUGAGAGACAAGCCGCUCAUCAUCAACCGACACUUUGAGAUAAACUCCCUCAAGGAGCUGGGACGCCUGGAAAAGCCAGUCAAUCAGGAUACAAAUGGGGCUCCUGGACCUGUGGUGUCAACCAAAGAUGGCCAGAUCAAGGGGAUUACGGUGGAUAAGGCCCAUAUAUUCUAUGGGAUACCAUAUGCAGACCCCCCUAUUGGGGCUUACCGCUGGAAGCCCCCCAGACCUGCGAGUCCUUGGCCGGGGGUUUAUGACGCCUCCUUCCCGAGGGCGGCAUGCAUGCAGGCCUGCAACGGACCUAUGGCUGAAGAGUGUCCUAAGAUAGUCAGCGAGGACUGUCUCUACCUCAACAUCUUUGUCCCUCUGGACGUGAACUUCAGCUCCCCUCAGCAGAGCCCACUGCCUGUCAUGGUGUGGAUCCAUGGUGGGGAUUUUAUUGCUGGCUCUGCCUCCAAGCCGCUGUACGAUGGACGCUUCAUCGGUAACUUCACCCACACUGUUGUUGUAAGCAUGGAGUACCGACUGGGAGCGUUUGGGUUCCUCGUGUCGGGCAAAGACCCUCACACCUCCGCUGCAGGAAAUUAUGGGAUCUUGGACCAGCAAGCCGCUUUUCUUUGGGUCCAGCGGAACAUCGCUGUGUUUGGAGGAGAUCCCAGCAAGGUGACAAUAUUUGGAGAGAGUGCAGGUGCUCAGUCAGUGAGUCUUCACCUGAUGAUCCAGAGCAGUAAGCCUCUGUUUAAACAAGCUGUCCUGCAGAGUCUGCCCUUCUCAAUCCCUCUGAAGACCAGACAUGACGCCCUGAAGCUGGGAAAGGACUUUGCUAAACAGACCAACUGCUCUGUGAGCGACAUCCUCUGUCUGCUGUCUCUCACUCCACAGGCCGUCCUGGCCGCCCAGAUCAAAACAAGUUCCAAGAUUGUGAACCCGUUCAGGUUCCUGGAGGUUUUUGAGACGUGGGGUCCGUAUAUCGACGGGGAUUUAAUAAAAGAACAGCCUUUCGUUGCCUUCCAGAAGGGCAACUGGCAGAGAGAGAAGCCCGUGCUGUUGGGUACAACCUCAGAGGAGGGGGUCAUCUUUGUGUAUGGCGUCUUCAAUAAGCCAGUCUCAGCAGUGGAGAGCACCGUGUACAUUACGGCCAUCUUUAAACAACACGCUCUGCGGAUCCUGCACAAGUACCUGCCCCUGUACAGGGAUGCUGACCGCAGGGAUAUGCUAGCUCAGAUUGUCACCGAUUAUGUCUUCCUGUGUCCAUCCAGGAGGUCGGCACGUGCCGGCACAGCAGUGGGCAGCAAGGUGUGGAUGUACGUGUUCGACCACGUGGCAUCAGACCACCGCAUCUGGUCAGGUCUGACUUUCUGCUACCAGCAUGCCUGCCAUGGCGCCGAGCUGCCCUUCCUCUUUGACUCAGCCGCGGUGGCCAACUUCACCCUGUUGCCGCCAGAGAAGCUGCUGUCCAACCGGAUGCUGUGCUAUUGGGGCGCCUUCGCCCACACUGGCGACCCCUCCUCGCGAGUCCAACAGACAACUUUCUGCCGGGAGCAGCGUCUGCCUGUGUGGCCACGUUAUUCCGACACCAGCGGCUGGCUGGUCAUGAACCUAACAGUGCGUUCACACACACAAGUGGGAACCAGGAACCGUAUCUGUGACUUCUGGGACCAACUGGGCACCUACUAG